AUGCGAUGCGGUGGGACGGAGGACGGGACAGAGCGCGCCAUGGCCUUGAGCAGGGGAUCGCAGACAACGGAAGGGGUGGUUUCCCGCUCGCAGCCACAAGCGCAGAGCGAUAACAGCAGUGGUUCUGCUGCGGGGAGAACACGAACUGCAUCCUCAUCGAGGCUGGCGCGCUGGGGUGCCGGGUGGAGGCCGCCGGCGUUGCGGCCGCUUCCCCGCGGGGGGGAGGGUUUUUUCUCGGGGUGGACUCACCUGGGCCAGUCGGAGCGGUUCGAGCUGGUGAAGAGCGCCAACAGGUCGGUCGGGCCUGACGGGGAACCCCUAUCGGACGCGGAGCUGGAGUGGGCGGUGCUGUGUCUCGAGGAAGCCGAGGAGCGCAUGUCGGCCAUGUAUUUCUCCACAGCGGCGGGCAUUCUCGAGGGCGUGCUGGGAAGAUGCCCUGGUCUGACCCUCGCGUACUACCGGCUGGCGUUGUGUGUCCUGGCCGCGAGGGGCGAGCAUGGCUCGAGCCAGGCGAAGCUAUUGCUCGACUGCGCCAUGUCUCUGGAGGGCGUGGAGAACCGACACCUCAGCGCCGGCGUUGACCUAGUGCUGAGAAUACUCCGGUAG